CAUAUGAAUGCUCUUCAGACAGACAGCCUCGAAUAACAGUGGACAGGACAUCAACUUCGUAAAUAAUUUAUUCUAGACAAAGAGGAACAAUACAUAAACGCUUCUUUGUGUCAAUAUCAGGCUGACCGACAGAAAAUGGACACCAUGUGGAGGAGCCUGUCCAGAUAUAUAUGUAUCUUCUUCCUGCUGGCCCUGUCAGGCCUCUUCUUCCUGUUCAGCAACAUUAACAUUCUGGAGCAGAAGCUCAACUGCCAAGCAGUGUCAAUGUUCUACCAGCACCAAAGCAACAUCCACUCAGCUUUGCUCCCAGAGGGCCCUUCUCCUCUGGACCACAACCAGAGCUACUGUAGCCAGGAGCCCUCACCGGAGGAGGCUCUGGAGGAGCGUGACCUCCUAGACUCCAUCGCCUGGCCACAGCCUCAGCCCCAUUCUGUGAAUGUGUCCCUGAACCAGACCAGUGACCCUGCACACAGCCUUUUUGUGAUCCUGCCAGCAGGAGGCAGGAGAGAGUGGCACGUGGGGAACCAGUUGGAGGCUCUAGUCCAUAUGCAUGACUUCCAGGGGCGUCCCAAGAGCUAUGGUGGAGACUUCUUGCUGGCCCGGCUGCAUUCCUCCACAUUGGGAGCAGGCGUUGCAGGACAGGUGCUGGACCACAGGAAUGGGACCUACUCUGCCAUUUUCCCGUUACUAUGGCAGGGACCUGCACAGGUGGAGAUGACACUGGUCCAUCCUAGUGAGGCAAUUCAUGUUCUACGACGGAUACGAGAGGAACGGCCCGACCGGAUUCCCUUUCAGAGUCUGUUCCGCUCUGGAAAACUGUCCCAGACAACUGUAUGUAACCUGUGUCUGCCGACAAACCAGAAGCCGCUGUGCAAUUACACAGACCCCCACACAGGGGAGCCCUGGUACUGCUACAAGCCCAAGCAGCUGAGCUGUGACACACGGAUCAACCAUGCCAGGGGACCCUAUGUGAACCAUCUGCUCGUGAACAAGGAGGCAUUGCUCUUUCAAAGUGGUGUAAAUAUCAAAGUUCCCAUUCAUCCUUCAGGGUCUGACAGUGUCAUUGUGCUGCCUGAGAAAAAAGACAAAGCAGACGUGGAGAGAAGCAGCAUGAAGACAGAGUCUACCAGGAUCACUCCUUCCGGGUAUUACUUCCAAGGGUCAUGGCGAGCUCUGGGUGGUGGUGUGAUGCGCCAGUUUAACAUCUCAUCUGCCACUCAGUGUCUGAAGGGCAAGGUGGUGUACAUGUAUGGAGACUCUACUGUCAGACAGUGGUUCGAGUACAUCAACACCUUAGUACCAGACCUGAAGGAGUUCAACCUUUACAGUCCUAAGAAUGUGGGGCCCUUCAUGGCAGUGGACAGCACCCACAACAUCCUGCUGAAAUACCGUUGUCACGGUCCUCCAAUCCGCUUCAACACUGUCAUCGCCAGUGAGAUGCGCUAUGUAGCUAAUGAGCUGGAUGGCCUAACUGGUGGGUCAAAUACUGUGGUGUUCAUCAGCAUAUGGUCCCAUUUCAGCACCUUCCCUGUGCAGGUGUACAUUCGCCGACUACGCCACAUUCGGCGGGCGGUGGUGCGGCUUCUGGACCGAGCUUCGGGGACCCUGGUGGUGUUGCGCUCGGCCAACCUCCAGGCCCUGGACCCGAAAGUGAGCCUGUACAAUAGUGACUGGUUCUCAGUGCAGCUGGACGGGGUGCUCAGGGCUAUGUUCAAGGGUCUGGAUGUUGUACUGAUAGACGCCUGGGAGAUGACCCUUGCCCACCACCUCCCCCAUGCCCUCCACCCACCUCCUAUCAUCAUCAAGAACAUGAUAGAUAUUAUCCUCUCUCAUGUCUGCCCAGAGUAGGGCUUGCAGAUUAAGAAUGAUUUAUGUCAACAUUUUAUCAUUCAACACCUACAGUAUACAAUAUUUUAAAAAAUCCUAGAAAUACCAAAUUCUGCAUUAUGUGUUUUUACUGUUGUCACAUCACUCUUGAUAGUAUCACCGAUAUUUAAUUAGCUUAAGUAUCGGCCACAUAGCCUUUGUCAGAGCUUUUGUUAUGUCGGUAAAACCACCCGCUCUCUCAAACAGAGAAUUAGUGAACAAAAAAGUUCAAUCAGGAGAAACGACAGGGAUUAUCCAGUCGCUGUACAUUUCAAUGACCUGAAACAUGACAUUUCUACCUUUUAGAUUCUGUGACAUAGAGAAAGUUAAGAUAUCAGACAGAAGAGGUGAUAUAAAUAAUACUCUGAGUUAAAGGGAAUGUUUUGGGAUUUUCACCCUCCAGACAUUAUUUCCUAAAGGACUUAAUGAUGAAAUGCUUGUUAUGUUGUGAAUUUGAACAUGAAUUAUGUAACUCUUGUAGAUUAUUCUGAGGUUUUUCGAACGAUGUACCCAGUGACUAAUGAAAACGUACUAUGUCCUCAUUGAGAUUUUACAGACGUGUUCAAUACGCCUUAUUUAUACACUUUUGUAAUAUUUAUGAAAUGCAUAUUGUUAUAUUUGGUAGCACUUAUUUGUUUUUCCUUUGCCUCCAACCCCCUUCGAUGUGUAGAAUGGAUGUGGGUGGGGCCAGGUCUACAUAAGGGUGCACAUUUUUUGUAAUCACAAGAGCUCUGACAAAGACCGCGAGGCCGAUACGUAAGCUUAUUAAAGAUCAGUGAUACUAUCAAGAGCAGUGUGCGGUUUCCUUUUUCCUUCAUCUUGUUCAAGUGUUGCCAUGCACCUGCAAAAAAAGAUUGCUCAGAUGUGCGAGUGCCUCUUGAAUACUGUUGUCACAUCACAAUGAAUGAGAAUUGUUACUGAUUGUUACAUUUUGUCUGUGAACAUUUGUGUCCAGAUUUCUCUAUUGAGGCUUACACUGAGUGUACAAAACAUUAAAGACAACCGCUCCUCCAAUGACCAAGUGAAUUGAGGUUAAAGCUAUGAUCCCUUAUUGAUGUCACUUGUUAAAUCCACUUCAAUCAGUGUAGAUGAUGGAGAAGAGUCAGGUUAAAUAAAGAUGUUUAAGCCAUGAGACAAUUGGGUCAUGGAUUGUGUAUGUGUGCCAUUCAGAGGAUGAAUGGGAAAUACACAAGAUUUAAGUGCCUUUGAAUGGAGUAUGGCUGUAGGUGCCAGGUGCACAUUGUUGGCAUAAAGAACUGCAAUGCUGCUGGGUUUUUCACGCUCAACAGUUUCCCGUGUGUAUCAAGAAUGGUUCACCACCCAAAGGACAUCUAGCUAACUUGACACAACUGUGGGAAUCAUUGGAGUCAACAUGGGCCAGCAUCCCUGUGGAACGCUUUCAACACCUUGUAGAGUCCAUGCCCCGACGAAUUGAGGCUGUUCUGAGGGUAAAAUGGGAGGGUGCAACUCAAUAUUAAGAAGUUGUCCUUAAUGUUUUGUACACUCAGUGUAUGUCAAACAUGAUUUGCUUAUUUUAAAUGUUUUCAAAAAGUACAGACUGAGCUUCAAAAUAGUAUAAUAUCAUACACUGUAGUUGGAGAAAAAAUGGGAAAGUUAUUUUGCUUUAAAAGGUGAUAAACUUGUCCCACUUUGGAGACAAGUAAGAGAAAAUUCCCUUUGAUUUUUAUGAGAUUUUCACACCUCCUAGAGGGCUCUUCUUUGUUUACACCCAUUCAGCAUAGUUCACACCCUCUUAAGCCUUAGCCCAACCCACAAAUUGUUAACGCAUGUGAGUCAGCAUGGCAUUGUCCUCCAGAAAGUGGUCUCACUACUUUACCCCUAAGAGUCAAUCCAAGUAACAUCAUAAAAAAAUCCCUUCAAAAUCCAUCAGGCUGCGUCUCAAUCCACCACAUCUGCCUAUGCUGGCUUUCUGCAUCUGCGAUUGAAGGUGCCUUAUAGUUACAGUGUUAUUUGGAGUUACAGUGGUGUUUGUCAGACCAUGAGACUUCCCGAAAAUUGGUCUUCUUACGAAACAUCUGUAGCGUCCAAACGGUUUGGCCUACAAAACUAUUAUGACCACUCUAUAGAAAGGGAGACUCUCACAAACACGAUGGUGUUCUCUGUUUUGCUACGACAACCACACGUCUCACAGGACCCAUACGAAUGUGUGGAAGUAUGGAGGUAGUUUUGUGCCCCCAAAAAAUAAGGGGUGUCAACAAAAACAACCAAAUCCUGAGCUUUCUAAUAUUCGGAAAAUGUUCAGACCCCUUCACUUUUUGUUAAGUCCUUAUUCUAACAUUGAUUAAAUUGUUUUUUUUUCUUCUCAUCAAUCUACACACAAUACCCUAUAAUGAGAAAGCAAAAACAUUUUUUUUUAAAUGUUUGCAAAAAUGGAAAUAUCACAUUUUCAUAAGUAUUCAGACUCUUUAUUAAUCAGUACUUUGUUGAAGCACCUUUGGCAGCGAUGACAGCCUCUAGACUUCUAUGGUAUGAACCUACAAGCUUGGCACACCUGUAUUUGGGGAAUUUCUCCCAUUCUUCUCUGCAGAUCCUUUUAAGCUCUGUCAGGUUGGAUGGGGAGUGUUGAUGCACAGUUAUUUUCAGGUCUCUCCAAAGAUGUUCGAUCAGGCUCAAGUCCGAGCUCUGGCUAGGCCAAUCAAGAACAUUCAGAGACUUAUCCCGAAGACACUCCUGCGUUGCCUUGGCUGUGUGCUUGGGGUCUUUGUCCUGUUGAAAGGUGAACCUUCACCCCAGUCGGAGGUUCUGAGCACUCUGGAGCAGGUUUUCAUCAAGGAUAUCUCUGUACUUCGCUCCGUUCAUCUUUUCCACGAUCCUGACUAGUCUCCCAGUCCCUAUCACUGAAAAACAUCCCCACAGCAUGAUGCUGCCACCGCCAUUCUUCACUUUAAUGAUGGUGCCAGGUUUCCUCCAGACAUGACGCUUGGCAUUCAGGCCAAAGAGUUCAAUCUUGGUUUAAUCAGACCAGAGAAUCUUGUUUCUUAUGGUCUGAGACACCUUUAUGUGCCUUUUGGCAAACACCAAAUGGGAUGUCAUGUGCCUUUUAACUGAGGAGUGUCUUCUGUCUGGCCCCUCUACCAUAAAGGCCUGAUUGGUGCAGUGCAGUGCAGAGAUGGUUGUCCUUCUGGAAGGUUCCCCCAUGUCCACAUAGGAACUCUGGAGCUCUGUCAGAAUGACCAUUGAGUUCUUGGUCACCUCCCUGACCAAGGCCUUUCUUCCCAGAUUGCUCAGUGUGGCCGGGCAGCCAGCUCUAGGAAUAGUCUUGGUGGUUCCAAGCUUCUUCCAUUUAAGAUUGUUGGAGGUCACUGUGUUGUUGUUGACCUUCAAUGCUGCAGAUUUUUUUUGCUACCCUUCCCCAGAUCUGUACCUCGACACAUUCUUAUCUCAGAGCUAUUUUGAACAAUUCCUUUGAGCUCAUUGCUUGGUUUUUGCUCUGACAUGCACUGUCAACUGUAGGGGACUUACAGUUGAAGUCGGAUGUUUAUAAACACCUUAGCCAAAUACAUUUAAAAAUUUUCACAAUUCCAGACAUUUAAUCCAAGUAAAAAUUCCCUGUCUUAUAUCAGAUAGGAUCACCACUUUAUUUUAAGAAUGUGAAACAGAAUAAUAGUAGAGAGAAUUAUUUAUUUCAGCUUUUAUUUCUUUCAUCACAUUUGCGGGGGGGGGCAGUGUAGCCUAGUGGUUAGAGCGUUGGACUAGUAACCGAAAGGUUGCGAGCUCAAAACCCCAAGCUGACAAGGUACAAAUCUGUCAUUCUGCCCCUGAACAGGCAGUAACCCACUGUUCCCAGGCCUUCAUUGAAAAUAAGAUUUUGUUCUUAACUGACUUGCCUGGUUAAAUAAAGGUAAAAAAAAAAGUUCCAGUGGGUCAGAAGUUUACAUACACUCAAUUUGUAUUUGGUAGCAUUGCCUUUAAAUUGUUUUGGGGAGCCUUCCACAAGCUUCCCACAAUACGUUGGGUAAAUUUCGGCCCAUUCCUCCUGACAGAGCUGGUGGAACUGAGUCAGGUUUGUAGGACCCCUUGCUCUCAAACACUCUUUCAGUUCUGCGCACAAAUGUUCUAUAGGAUUGUGGUCAGGGCUUUGUGAAGGCCACUCCAAUACCUUGACUUUGUUGUACUUAAGCCAUUUUGCCACAACUUUGGAAGUAUGCUUGGGGUCAUUGUCCAUUUGGAAGACCCCUUUGCGACCAAGCUUUAACUUCCUGACUGAUGUCUUGACAUGUUGCUUCAAUAUAUGCACAUAAUUUUUCUCCCUCAUGAUGCCAUCUAUUUUGUGAAGUGCACUAGUCCCUCCUGCAGCAAAGCACCCCUACAACAUGAUGCUGCCUCCUCGUGCUUCACGGUUGGGAUUGUGUUCUUCGGCUUGCAAGCCUCCCCCUUUUUCCUCCAAACAAAACGAUUGUCAUUAUUGCCAAACAUUUCUAUUUUUGUUUCAUCAGACCAGAGGACAUUUCUCCAAAAAGUACGAUCUUUGUCCCCAUGUGCAAACCGUAGUCUGGAUUUUUUAAUGAUGGUUUUGGAGCAGUGGUUUCUUCCUUGCUGAGCGGCCUUUCAGGUUAUGUCGAUAUAGGACUUGUUUUACUGUGGAUAUAGAUACUUUUGUACCUGAUUCCUCCAGCAUUUUCACAAGGUCCUUUGCUAUUGUUCUAGGAUUGAUUUGCACUUUUCGCACCUCCAAUUGACUCAAAUUACAUCAUUUUCUGGAAUUUUCCAAGCGGUUUAAAGGCACAGUCAACUUAGUGCAUGUAAACUUCUGGCCCACUGGAAGUGAGUUAUAAAUCCUGUGAAGGAUUAACAAUCGCGCACAAUUUCAAUGUCCUGCUAGUCAUGCCAGGAAUAUAGUAUAUGCAUAUGAUUAGUAUGUGUGGAUAGAAAACACUCCGAGGUUUAUAAAACUGGUUAAAUGAUGUCUGUGACUAUAACAGAACGUGUGUAGGAGGCAAAAUCCCAAGGAAAACUGUUCACAAAAAACACGAAAAAAAUAUCAAUCCGCCAGUCUCUGUAUUGUCUAUGGCAAGGGAAAAUAGAUAGCGUCCGGUUUACAGUUCCGACAGCUUCCGCACGAUGUCGCCAGUGUUGGGAAUUGUAUUGAAGUUAAUCCUUGGUCAAAUGAGUAAUAGGCACUUCCUGUCGUCGAGUCUACCGGAGGAAGUUAUGAAAGGAAAAAUAUGGACGAUGAUUUCAAGACUUGCUGCUAUUGAAUACAGAUCGCCCUGUGAUCAAUUUGAUUGUUUAUUAACGUUUACUAAUACCUAAAGUUGGAUUACAAAAGUAAUUUGAAGUGUUUUGUCAAAGUUUAUAGCCAACUUUUUUAAUUAAAAAAAAUGACAUUGCGUUUUAAAACAGAGUUUUUUCCUGGAUUUGACGGUGUUCAUAAAUGGACAUUUUGGGUAUACAUGGACCGAUUUAAUCGAAAAAAAGACCCAAUUGUGAUGUUUAUGGGACAUAUAGGAGUGCCAACAAAGAAGCUCGUCAAAGGUAAUGAAUGUUUUAUAUUUUAUUUCUGCGUUUUGUUUAGCGCCGGCUACGCUAAUUAUUUUGUUUACAUCCCCUUCAGGUAUUUCUGGUGGUUGCAUGCUAUCAGAAAAUAGCUUCUUUAAAAAUCUGACAUGUUGGCUAGAUUCACAACGAGUGUAGCUUUAAUUGAGUACCCUGCAUGUGUGUUUUAAUGAAAGUUUGAGUUGUAUCGAGUACUAUUAGUUGGCGCUCUGGAAUUUACGCUGAUUUUGAUCCCUGUACAGGGACAGCAGCCAUAGGAGGAUUUAUAAGUCAAAUAACCUGUCUAAACAAUUGUUGGAAAAAUUACUUGGGUCAUGCACAAAGUAGAUGUCCUAACCGACUUGCCAAAACUAUAGUUUGUUAAACAAGAAGUUUGUGGAGUGGUUGAAAAAUAAGUUUUAUUGACUCCAACCUAAGUGUAUGUUAACUUCAGACUGUAUAUAGACAGGUGUGUGCCUUUCCAAAUCAAGUCCAAUCAAUUGAAUUUACCAAUCAAGUUGUAGAAACAUCUCAGGGAUGAUCAAUGGAAUCAGGAUGCACCUGUCCUGAGCUCAAUUUCGAGUCUCAUAGCAAAGGUUCUGAAUACUUAUAUAAAUACAUUUUAUAUAUAUAUAUAUUUGCAAACAUUUCUAAAAACCUGUUUUUGCGUUGUCAUUAUGGGGUAUUGUAUGUAGAUUGAGGAGGGGAAUCCGUAAUUAAUCGAAUUUAGAAUAAGGCUGUAAUGUAACAAACUGUGGAAAAAGUCAUGGGGUCUGAAUAUAGGACAGACACUUCAAAACUUUAUUCCUCAUUAUUAGUUUUUUGACUUUUUGCCAACUAUAAAUACUGUCUGUUAUUCAAUAUGUGUUUCAGUGUUUCUAUUGGAUAUAAUGGUAAAGGCCAAAUUCAAAAUGUAUCUGGAUGUGGUGGUCCUGGGCUGAAGUGGUUACACGUGGUUUGCUGUUGUGAGGCCGGUUGGACGUAGUGCCAAAUUCUAUAAAACAACAUUGGAGGCGGCUUAUGGUAGAGAAAUUAACAUUACAUUCUCUGGCAACAGCUCUGGUGGACAUUCCUGCAGUUAUCAUGCCAAUUUCACGCUCCCUCAAAACUUGAGACAUCUGUGCUAUUGUGUUGUGUGACAGAACUGCAUAAGGUGCACCUGUGUAAUGACUAUACUGUUUAAUCAACGUUGAUAUGCCACACCUGCCAGGUAAAUGGAUUAUCUUGGUAAGGAGAAAUGCUCACUAACAGGAAUAUAAACAAAUUGGUUCACAAAAGGUGAAAGAAAUAUGCUUUUUGUGCGAAUGGAACAUUUCUGGGCUCUUUUAUUUCAGUUCAUGAAACAUUACAAUGAAAAUUACUAUGAAAUAAUAAAAUAUUUCAGAUGUGUA